UUUUGCUCUGUUGACGUCAUGCCCGCUGGAAACGUCUGAUCUGAGAGUGCUUUCUUCUGUUCUGCAUUUCUGGCGGUUGUUUAGGGAAGAUUUGUUGAUCUGCAGAUUGUUUUGAGGUUUUAAUCAGCAUAAAAUUCGCAACGCGUUUGCAUGGCAACCUCUUUAUCAAAACAACAACAUCCGGUACCAGAGCAGGAGGACGCGGAGAAAGAGAGACUGCUGACCCCUGUGACCUUUGACUCGAGUCCUGUUGACCUCACCGAUGGAGGUCACGGGAUCCGGCCCUCUCUGGACCUCCAGGGUUCGUCUCUACGGACAGAUGCCCUGCAGGACGAAGACGUGGCGGAGGAAGAGGUUCUGCGCAGGAGGCUGAAGUACUUCUUCAUGAGCCCGUGUGAUAAAUACCACGCCAAGGGCCGCAAACCGUACAAGCUGGUGCUGCAGCUGCUGAAGAUCAUCAUCGUCACUGUACAGUUGGUGCUGUUUGGUUUGAGUAAUCAGAUGGUGGUGAUGUUUAAGGAUGAGAACACAGACUCGUUCAGGCAUCUCUUCCUGCAGGACUAUCAGGAUGGCACAGACGGGUUCGCCUUACACACGCAGAACGACGUGUAUCAGCACAUCAACUACACCAUAGAGCAGUAUCUGACUCUUCCUCAGAAGGCAGUGGGCCGCUACGCGUACGUGUUGGGGUCGGAAGUGAACGGUAGCGCCCUCUCUCUGUGUCAGUACUACUAUAAGAAGGGCAGCAUCGACCCGGUCAACGACACCUUCAAUAUCGACCCUCACGUCAUUACCGACUGUAUAGGUGUCGAUCCUCCCACAGACCCUUCAGCUCCUCUCCCUGAACACUACAAGGACUUCACUCUAAAAUUCCACAAGCUGAUCAACGUGACCAUCAAAUUCAAACUCAAGGCUAUAAACAUCCAGACGAUCAUCAACAAUGAGCUUCCCGACUGCUACACCUUCUCCAUCACUAUCCUCUUUGAUAACAGAGCCCACAGUGGGAAAAUGAAGCUCAGUCUGUAUAACCAGGCCGUCAUCAGAGUGUGCAAGGAUCCCAGUGUGUCUGGACACAAGGAGAACUACAUGCGGGUGGCGUUUGACAUGUUGGUGGCAGUGGUGUGUGGCCUCUCACUGGCGCUGUGUGGACGAUCCAUACUCCGAGGAAUCAUCCUGCAAAAUGAGUUUGUGCGCUUCUUCAGGCAGUCUCUGAACCGGGGUGUGUGUUGGGGAGACCGAAUGGAGUUCAUUAACGGCUGGUAUUUACUCAUCAUCAUCAGCGACGUUCUCACCAUCAUCGCCUCCUUCAUCAAGAUCGGCAUUGAGACCAAGAAUCUGGCGUCCUAUGAUGUGUGUGGGAUCCUGAUGGGCACGUCCACGCUGCUGGUGUGGGUGGGAGUGAUCCGCUACCUCAGCUUCUUCCAGAAAUACAACAUCCUGAUCGUGACCCUGAGAGCUGCAUUCCCAAAUGUCAUCCGCUUCUGCUGCUGCGCUGCUGUCAUCUAUAUGGGCUACUGCUUCUGCGGCUGGAUCGUCCUGGGACCCUACCACGCUAAAUUCCGUUCCCUGUCCACGGUGUCAGAGUGUCUGUUCUCGCUGAUAAACGGAGACGACAUGUUUGCGACGUUCUCGGAGGUGGAGCGCAGCAGCACGUUGGUGUGGCUCUUCAGUCAGCUCUACCUCUACACUUUCAUCUCACUUUUCAUCUACAUGGUGCUGUCGCUGUUCAUCGCUCUCAUCACCGGCGCCUACGACACCAUCACCCAACAAGCCCAGGAAGCUCCUCAUGUGUCAGACCUGCACAUGUUCAUCGCUCAGUGCAUGGACACGCCCACCUCGGGAAAGUUCCAGAGCCCAGAACCCCCCGAGUCCUGUUCACUCUUCUGCUGUUUUAACUAGACAGGGAAGAGUGUGUGGUGUGUGUGUGUGUCUCUAGUGUUGUGUUUUACUUUCUCUUUGUAAAUAUUUGGCUUCCGUUUCCAUAGAAGUUUAUUUGCAGCUAACGUUUGGCAUGUCAGAUCUCUAGGGCGAGAAGGGUGGAGCUUAAGUUCAUCAGCCAGUCAUAAACCUGAUGAUAUCAGCACAAUAAUCGACCUCACAUCAGCUAGUGGACUCGUUUGUAAAUAUUUAGCUGUCGUUUUUAUAAAAUGUAAUGCUCUGUUCCUGUUUAGCGUGCUAGCGGCCUUGUUCACAUGAUAAAUAAGCUACUAAACGACUCGGCUGAUUAGCGUUUCGAGAGCUGGCUUAGUUUAGCUAACAGUGCCUGAAUAUUAUAUCACGAAGGCAAAAUCAGUAUUUUAUGCUACGCAGUAAAAACCUGCAAGUAAAAAUAAAUACACGUCACUUCUGUUUGUGGUAUUUGCAAAUCUGGAGUGUUAAGAGUUUUUAAUAGUAGGAACACUUGGAGAUUUGUUUGGCAGUUAAUGCUAAACAGUUAAACAGUGUCAUUUUAGUCGUACGGCAUUUUUACUCAGUAAUUUACGAAUGUAUCUGAGGAUGAACUCCGAGCGUAUAUGCUAGCUACAUCACAGUCUUCUAGCUAGCUUCGGUUCCGUGUCCGUAUUUACGUACUUCUCCGUUGUCUAGCGAUAGUGUCCUCCUGUCAAUAGCCACAUGAACAAAUAUGAUUUGAAAAGACAAAUUAAGCUCCACCCCCCCCCUUUUUUUUUUUUGAACUCAGAGAUGAUCAUCACUGGGUAAUAAUUGUAUUGUUGUGUGUCACAAAGCUAGCCCAAGUAUACACUUCACACCCAUGCAUACAUUUUAGCAACAUUUCAUGACGGUAAUUGUGUCAUUUUUAAAAAAUGUGUAUGCACUGUAUAUUUUUUUUAAUUCUUCUUAAUUUAUCGAGGUAAUGUGCUGAGCACUAAUCUAAUCGCACGACUGUUUCAUUCGAGAUGUUUUAUUGCAUUGAAGUUAUUUAUUGAAGUGUUUGUGUUACAGGCGUGUAAUUGAACGUGAUUGUGAUUAUGUAGACUGAACAGAUGAUGUUUUUGUAUAAAUAGGAGGAGCACUCCAUGUUUUUUUUUUAAGACUUGGUGUGAAUUAGGACUGGGAUCCUGUGUGUGUGUGUG